UUGCAACACAUGCAAGCAAAACUACUGACCUACUGCAAGGAAGAGAUAGUCAGAGGAGAGAAAGGAAAAAGAAGAAGAAUUGUAGGCAUCUUGUAAACAAAGCAACAUCUCCAUAGGCUCCCUCAGGCUGUUUUGACUUGGAAUAUUUUAGCAAGGGACUUCAGAGCAAAAAGGAAUCCCCACUAUUGUAGCACAUGAGCACCGGAGGAGAGAGAAAGAAUGGCCUCCUCUCUUUAAGGAGAAGAAACACCUUUAGCGGAGGAACUAGCGGAGGCUGGAAAGGCAGAAGGAAGAGAAAAGACAGCGAAGAAGAAGAGAAACGGCUUAGCUGUGUAUUGGAAGACAUCAGUGCUUGCGGGUCUAGUUCUUCUUGUUCUCAACUUGUCGGAUACAGGAGAGAAGAAAAGGUUUUCCCUGUACAAUACAAGACAGAGUAUAGUGGCAGGAAAGGAAGAGAGGCCAAGGAAGAAGACAACAACAGAGUUAGAAACGAGGCUGCUCUAAAAGAUAAGCGAAGUUUUACCAAGUCCACUUCUAGUUGCAGCAACAGUUCGACGACUGCGGCCAUCAUGGCUUGGAGGGCCAGUCGUUGUGGUUCCCCUUCUACAUACGAAACUUUACAGCACAAUGCUGCUCCCCCCACAACUUCCUCGAGUACAAGCUGGAUAGACUCACUCCGUCUCUUGACAGACAAAGGAGCUAAAAAGAAAGGAAACGGUCUCUUUGGGACACUCAGAGGCCGUAGCUCCAGGGACAAGGCCAGGAGGAACAGCUCUGAAAGUGUAGCUUCAACUUCUGGUGGAAGUGCUACUGGUCCACCAAGAAGUCCUCUACUACUUGGUAGACAUUUAAAUAACACUCCAUCUUCUUCUCACCCAGAACUUGGGAGCAGCAAUCAUCAUAAAAGUGGAUCCAUCAAGACACAGAAGUUAUACAUUGGUAACAACUCGAAACACUCUCGAGAUCUACAAGGCCGAAACUCGACCGGUUUUCAAACAAUGGACUCCACGGAUAGCCACGACCUUGAGUCAUCCCUCUCUCCUCUUUCUCUCUCUCUUUCUUAUCGUGCCAACGAGUUUGGAUCCUGUCACGAGCUCUCGUACGAGCACAACCCCUCAUCAGUAGAAGACAGAAACAUGUCCGCCAUACGAAAGAGUACUUCUCUCCCACGGACUGUAUUAUGCUCACCGGUCCAUACCAGACGGAAUAAAGGCGAGAGACCAACUAGCCACUGGCUAAUGCGUGACAUUUUCGACCCAACAGUUUCCCCCUCUUCGUCUCCCCCUUGUACUUUCUCGACAAACGGUAGCUCUGAUACACUUCAAAAUGACACAACUACGCCUACAGAUACAGACGAAUGGAGAUUCCAGCAGCAACUGGAACCUGUUCUUAAAACCGGUUUAACUCGUAGCACGAGUAUGCCUUUCGAGUCAGGAGCUGAAAUCGUCAAGGACAAAUCUGUUCCAUUGAGAAAGAAGGCUGUUAUUAAAGAUGGCCUAAUGAAGGAAAGGAGUGCAGGUGGAUCUGUAGCUGUGGAGGGAGGGAAAGGAAUCAGUACAAGAUUAACAAUGAGAUCUCAGUCAUUUAAUGCUCAUUUCUCUGUUCAUGCACAAGAAACAGUGAUCAUGAGGGAGCAUAUCGUGAGGUUUCUCCUAGAGACAGAGAAUUCUUACAUACACUCACUGAGGACACUAUCUAAGGAUUAUCACUCUGUUCUAUCCUCCAUUGAUUGUCACUCAUUAAAAGAAGUGCUUCCUUUAGCUAGCCAGCUCGCUCUGUGGCAUGAAGACUUUGCUACUUUAGUGAAGGAGAGAUUGGACAGUUGGCAAGAAGAGCCAUCAAUUGGGGACGUCCUUGUAGACACAUUCUCACAGGAUCAGUUCAUGAAGAUGUACAGUUCUUAUAUUGAACAUUAUUCCCAGGCCAGAUCUUCACUAGAAGCUGCUAAGCUAAACAAGCCAUCCUUAUGCAAAACACUUGAAGAUCUUUCAAGGGAGAAUCACGGUAAACUCUCAGUCGAGGAUUUAUUGAUAAAACCAGUCCAGAGGAUCCCUCGGUAUUUGUUAUUUGUUAAAGACCUCAUCAAACAGACACACACUGGACACCAUGACUAUAGUGUACUCCAGCAAGCACAGAGUCAGUUAUCGAUGGUUGCUAAUCAUGUUAACGAGUAUGAGAGACAGUCCGGUCUACUUCACUUGCAUAAAGAACUCCUCAAUACUGUGGAGGGACUCUCCGAUGUACUAACUGAAUCAAGCUCUUUGCUUAGAUGUGAUCAGAUAACAGAAAUUAGAGGAGCGGCUCAGAAGAAGGACAGAUUAUUAUUAUUAUUUAGUGACAGACUGGUGUGUGCCUCCACCAGGAGGAGAAGCACUGGAUUCCGCAAAGGAUCGCUAAUGAACGUCAAUUCACUUCAAAAUGACCUGCUCAAGUAUCGCAUAAAGUGGUUGGGACCUUCAACAGCUGUGACCAUCAACCAGUGCCACACUCCUCUUAUAGAGAGAAGGAAAUACAACACUUUGGAGAAGACGCUUCACAAUCUCCUGGAAGAUGAAGCAAUUUUAUUACAAAUGAUAUCCUCAACUUCAUCUCUUCACUCGCCCCAUCAGCCACUCAAUGCUGUACUACAGGAGAUGCUGGGAUCAUUGAGAGAUGUAAUGUCUGCCAAGAGACAGGAAAUGGAUAAUCUUCAGUUACCACACGAGAGAGCUAGAGUUGAUAUCACAAUCCACAACAGCUCUCCUCCAAACAAAGUAUCCAUUACAUUCUCAUCUCAGAAGGACAGACAAGACUGGGAACACACCCUGCACUCACUCCAACUCUCUCUACCUAAACAACAAGACCCCACCAGUACCAGCAGCACACACCACCAAAGGACACACACUGAUCCUCCUAAUACUGCUCUACCUCAGUUCAUGUGGCAUGUGACACUGCCAUCUUGUAGAGUAGGAUCAGAAUUAUCCUCCAUUGCUGUUCCCAAUGGUAUGUACAAUCAGUUAUUUGUAUGUAUUAAUGAUGUGUGUGGGCGUGGGAAUGUCGCCAUAUUGAAUUCCUGGAAUACAUCAAAGGACACGCCUCCUCAGUUGGUGGCAACCCUCCCACUGUCCAGCUCAAGGCUGAUCUGUUCUCUGUGUGUUGAACAUAAGAACAUCACACUGGCUAAUGCUCCUUCCUUUCCUGACAACUCUCGUUCCUCCACUCGCUUGCCUCUGACUCCACCCACUGCCCCGCCUACUGAUAGAGCUCCUCUAGAACCUGACGAGUUACUCUGUCCUUCACCUCAAUCAAUAACUGACAGAUCACACCCAUCAACCCCGCCUUCUUCUCACAGGACUUCAUCUUACAUUGUCUCACCAACUCAAAAAGAUUCGAGACAUAAACUAGCUCCUCCCACUCCGGAGGGCAACCAGUGGCUCUGGUUGGGUACCGAAGACGGGAUAUUGCAUGUUUUGAAAGUGGGUGUGGCUUCAUUGCAUGUAUCUAGUUCGUUAAGUAUUGAUAUCGGAGCAGCUGUGUUGUGUAUUCAUUCUGAUGAGGAUUACGUGUGGGUAGGGCUUAGUAGUGGUCGAAUUGCACUUUUCAAUCUUCAUAAAAGUAUUGAUAGACCCGAGAGGUUCAUAUCAGUUUCUUCUUAUCCAAUCAAAGCUAUUGUGAGUGUGGGGGCGUGUAAACUGGUUGCUACGGGCAACAGGAUAGUAGGUGUGAACUCUGAAACACUAACAUGCAAAGAGUUAGUCAGUUUAUCAGAUCAAAUUGAUCAGUUAAUAAUUCCUCCUCCUACUGUUCAACCAUCAACCAGUUCAGUCACUCAAACAAAGAGAACUCCAAGUCCAAAGAGUUCUUCACCUACUCCUACGACCAGCAGCAGCUCCAAUGCUACUUCUGCUGCUGGUUUGGUGUUUAUUUCUUUAAAGAACUCACUCACUGUUCACAUAUGCUCUUUUAACGGUGUCGUCAUGGAAACUGUUCACACUGUUGAUUGUAGCAGCAGUGUCACAUCAGCACUGAGAUAUUAUGAUCCCAUCAUUAAGAAACACAAAUGCACCAAUCCUUACAUCACUUCACUAACAUGUACACAAUCUCAGCUACUGAUUGGUACCUCCACUGGUGUACUUAUUACACUAUCGCUAGUGGGAGGAGCUAACAUUCAUCAGCUCCACCCACUAAUCAGAGGUCACGUUGAUAGAGUGAGUACCCUGGUAUCAGUUCCGCCCACACACACUAAUAGUAAUUAUCAAGUGUUUAUAAGUGGUGGCCAUGGGCUGGAGGAUAUUAAUAAAGCAAGAGCUAGUGAUGAUGUAUCAGAGACUGAGGGAUGUCUUCUCUUUUGGUAUUUAUCGUCUACUAAGAAUCAACAGCUGCACUGACUGACUAUCACAUGAUUAAUAACAUUUUAUUGUUUGUGUAUAAUGUAUUGAGAUAAUUAG